GGCGGUAUAAAUUCGAUCUAUCAUCGAUCUUCUAUCAUGUUAACGAGAUACGUGAUUAGAGUCGCCAAUAUUCCCUGGACAGUGAGUCGUCACGAGCUCAGUCUAUACUUCUCUCAAUUCGGUUGUGUAAUAGACUCCUAUGUAGCGUUCGAUAAGCAAACCGGUCUCCACAAAGGCCAUGGGAACAUAAUGUUCUUGAAGAGGGAACAAAUGCAAAAUGUGCUCGAGCAUAAGCAUUCUUUGGAGGGAAAAGAUUUAAUCGUGUCCAUAGAGAAAACUGGUAAAAUCGAUACGGUACAAUAAACUAGUAAGGUAAAACCGAUAA